CAUACCUUGAAAGAGGCAUUUGCCACUACUCAGAACAAUAAUUACAGCUUGAAUGAGGUAGUUUUCACAGCUCAAAACAACAAUUACAACUUGAAUGAGACACUUGCCACAAUUGCGGCUCAAAACAAUGAUUACAGUUUGAAGGAGAGACUUGUUACAGCUCAAAACAACAUUUACAACCCGAACGAGGUACUUGGCACAGCUCAAAACAUCAAUUACAGCUUGAGCUUGAAUGAGGCACUUGCCACAAUGGCAGAUCAAAACAACAAUUGUUUUCUCAAAUACGAUAGGGAAAUUCAACUCCAAGGUACUAUCUUGGCAUUUGGUAUAGCAAAAUUCAGAAUACGACUGUUAAUGUCUGGGUCGCCAUCAGAGAAUCCCCUACUAAAUUCUCUAGGAAUUUUGGCACUCGGGUGCGAUGGAAAUCUUGUGGUUUUGGAUGCAACGAGGAACGUUGUUUAG